AAAACACGUCUGCUACGCAGAAGCUAUAUAAAAAAAAAAACAAAUUUUCGAUAAUUUACCAAGCAAAAAAAAAGUGAACGAGUAAAAAUGUCAAUUGUUCCACUCUUGAGUCUGGCUCGCGAUCUAGAUAGCGCCUACAGCGACUGGGACCACUUCUUGGACGAUGACUUUGGCUUUGGACUGCAUGUAAACGAGUUAUUCCACCGUCCACGUCUGGUGAUACCACAUCACUUGCAUCGUCGCCGCUCUCACUUUUCACCCUACGAGAGAAGCCAUCAGUUGUUGCCCGCACGUCGUCGAGCCUCCGUUGGGCAGAAUUCACUGCUGCCCACUGUUGGCAAAGAUGGCUUCCAAGUGUGCAUGGAUGUCGCACAGUUCAAGCCAAGCGAGCUGUCUGUUAAGGUGCAGGACAAUACCAUUAUCGUCGAGGGAAAGCACGAAGAGCGUGAGGAUGGACAUGGGUUGAUCCAGCGCCACUUUGUGCGCAAGUACACCUUGCCCAAGGACUAUGAUGGCAACGAUGUGGUCUCCACUGUUUCCUCGGAUGGUGUGCUGACUCUGAAGGCGCCUCCACCGCCCAGCAAGGAGGCCAAAAAAGAACGAAUUGUUCAAAUCCAACAAACAGGCCCUGCACAUCUCAGCGUCAAGGCACCAGAGGGCGCUGACGGCAAAGGGAAGAGCGAAAAUGGUAGCGAGAAAAUGGAGACAGGCAAAUAGGUGAACUUCGAGGGAGGAGAAGUUUAGCCGAAAACUGAGUGCUGCCACACUGUUCGGAGAGUGCAAGACU